AUGUCCACAUGCGUUGAGCCCUUGAAACUACUUCUCAAGUCACGUCUGUUGGACCGCCAUGAAGCAGAUGCAACCAGAAACGCUGGAGGAGAGACAUUGAAAUGCGAAUUCUGCGACAAUCUCAUCGCUGUGCUCGAAAAGACCCCAACGGAUCAUGUUUCUUUUGACUUCGGACCCAUCGACAAAAUAGCAAGCUCAAGAUGCGAUCGACACCGACUCCUCAUUCAACGAAUCACGAAAUGGCUGGAUAUUGAGGAUGACUCGUCGGAAUCAUUAAAACUCUUCCAAAAUUAUUUCAGGCGUUCGUUCUCUUUCACCCUGGGAGACAACUUUGCCAGGAAUUCCCCCGAGUUUGAUGUCAUGCAAGGCUCAAACAACAAUCACUUGGCUGAACAUGGGGUCAAACUCGACCCGUCUUGGAUCGAUAAUGAAACUCUGACUCGAUGGUACAACACGUGCAUAUCCGAACACGGAGAGCUGUGUAACAGUCCUAGAUACUUUGAGCACCUCCCAAAACCUAGACUGAAGAUCCUUAUAGAUGCAGUAGACAACUGUCUAAUUACCGCCCCUGACGAUCCGUCCUACAUGGCUCUCAGUUAUGUUUGGGGCAAGGUCGACAUGCCCAGAACAUUCAUCACCAACCUACAGCAGUUGAAGAGGCCGGGGGCCCUGGAAAACAUCUCUCUUCCAAGAAUCAUCAGGCACACCAUGCAUCUGACAGCGCUUUUCGGGGCGCGCUAUCUCUGGGUAGAUAGCCUCUGCGUAGUCCAGGACGAUAGAGAGUUCCUCAGCAGUCACUUACGCCAGAUGGCUUCAAUCUUUGCGCACGCCCAAGCCGUGAUUAUUCCCGUCGACGGAACGAAUGCUGAAAGUAGUAUUCGUGGAUUGAAAGGAACACCAAGAGAGGAAGCGCGGCACCUCGAGCAGGACCAGAUACAGUUUGGAGAUAGGAGUCUCCUCGUGCGCACCAGUAUAGGCCAGCACCAGCAUGGUGAAGCCCGCUCCAGAAAAUCGAACUACUUUGAUCGUGGUUGGACCUUUCAGGAAUAUCUAUUUGCACGCAGACGCAUCUGCUUCGAAAACGAGAGCGCCUGGUUCGAGUGCUGUCAAUCCGCCAUGUAUGAAGAUCACAGCCACCCAGACAUUCCUGACAGAAAACGGGAUUUUUUGCUCAACGUCGGGUACCCAUCACUGACCGUGUACUCGCGCCUGAUGGAGGAUUACAAUAAUCGACAGCUCACCUACCCGCAAGACUGUCUCUCUGCUAUGGCCGGCAUACUCCCGUGCUACACCAGAGUUUUCAAGGGAGGCUUCUUAUGCGGCCUGCCAGAGAUGUUCUUCGACGCAGCUCUACUCUGGCAGCCCAAAGGCGAUCUAGUGCGGCGCAAACCAGUUGAAACGAGCAUGGGCCUUGGUGUCAACAGCACCAGUAACCUCCCGACGUGGUCCUGGGUGGGAUGGCAGGGCCGCCUUGACUUCGCGGACUGGGCAACCGGGAAUGACUUCGUGGCGGCGUGCAGUGGCUGGAUUGCUUCAACAAGACAACAAUUGUUUCCAACCACCAAGUGGUACACCAGCGCUGGUAGCUCCGGAGAGAUAGACAAAAGACCGAUAGAAGUUGAGUGGGCGGCAUGGAGAGAACGAUACAGGGACCCGGGAAAACAGCUGCCUCCGGGGUGGACACGAAGAAAACGACGGAAAGACGAGGAGUUGACUAUUGAGACACCCCCAGACGGAUUCGGCAAAUACUUGUACCAUCACACAUCUUGCGAUGCAAGAUUCUGGUACCCUGUACCGCUAUCGGAUCCAACCUAUUCACAUCAGAAAGGCAGCUCGGCCGUCUCUGAAGAGAUAUACCUAUUCGGCUCUGUGGAAUUGGCACGCCUGACAGUCCGUGGUGCAGUGUGGAUGCAUAGCAUUCCCAACCUUGAGGGUAAUAGUCUACAGGUUCCUCAUGUGUCGCUAUACACACCCCAGGACGAAUGGGCUGGGAUACUGCGACUACACAGCCAUGACUACUUGGAAACCCGGAAGUUGGAUCCUACGAAGAGUCCUGUCGAAGUGCAGCUAAUUGCCAUAUCCCAAGGGUUCAUCCCGAACAACCUCGAGUACGGCGAUAGUGACUUCGCAGAGUACACCAGAGAGGAGCGGCUGAAGCAAGGCCAGCGGUAUGAGUUCUACAACGUCAUGUGGAUAAGUUGGAGGGACGGGAUUGCCUAUCGAGAGGGUCUUGGCCGGGUAUGCAAGGAAACAUGGGAUGCUCUCCAAGCUUCCACGAUCGAUAUUGUGCUUGGAUAG